GUUAUCUAUUAUAGUGUAUACGGAAAAUCAUUUGAGUUUGCAAUUAAUCAAUGGGAUGGACAUGAUUUUGAUCCAAGUAUUAGUAUAAAUCCGACGUAUUUUUAUGAGAUACCUGAGGUUACGAUAAAUAAUGUAAAAUUUUUAUCCAAUGAAAUAUUCGGCAAUUUCAUGGAGAUCGACUUAUUAGAUGAUAUUGAAAAAAUUAAUGAUUAUUCAGCUGAGUUAGGAGCAUUAAUCAAAGAAGGAUCAUUUUUUGCGUCUAACACCCUUUCUUAUUUUUCUGAGAAUCACAAUGAAUUCGUCAAAGGAUGGAAGAAUGAUCGAGGGAAAAUCAAUAAUCUAACUGAUCCGCAUUUAAAUUUUAUCGACGAAUCCAUCAAAAAUUGCAAAAAAUUUACUGAACGAUUUAGUGAAUUUCACGAAUUUCUUAACAGUGGAAUUAUGAGACUUGAAGAGACACUUCGGAAAAUUGAAAAUAAAACGGAUAAAACAAUAUACGAACAAACGUUAGAAAAAAUGAACAAGGUCGACGAAUGGGUUCGAAAAUCCAAUGAAGUCUUUCAUAUUACAAAUUAUAAGAAGAAAGUAGAUGAAGGAUACUCCCAUUUAAAAGAAUUAAAUGAAAAAGGAUGUAAAAAUUUGAUUAUGGAUCGUCUGAUUGUCGAAUUGAAAUGCAUUCUAAAUAUAAGAUUGAAAAUUUUACAAUUAAAAGAAGCAUCAGUAUGUGAAGUCACCCCAGCGCGUCUCAAGGGUAAAACAACAAAACUUUAUGGUAGUUUGAAAAUAUCUUGGAAAUACACCAACGAUAGGUUAUAG